CGAAUCUGGUCGGUUCCAAUAUGAAAGUAGUACUGUUAUAUGAUCAGCUUCCUUCGAUGCAUCCGUCAGAAUUUCGUUGUUACUUUCGUCUUCACCCACCAUAAAAGUUUCUUUCUUGCCGCUCUCACCGACGAUCCACUCCCUCUCACUGAGUAAGUUCGCACCGCCGUGGCUGAGAAUUGGGAAGUGAAAAGACCGCCUGGGAAAGAAAAGGUUUGGCCGAAGUAAGAAGCAGAAAGUAGCAGCUAGUAGAAAUGUCGUUCGAGAAGAUCAGAGUCACCAACCCUAUCGUCGAGAUGGACGGGGAUGAAAUGACCAGAGUGUUUUGGAAGUCCAUCAAGGAUAAGCUUGUGUUCCCCUUCUUGGAUCUGGAUAUCAAGUACUUUGACCUUGGCCUGCCGAACCGGGAUGCCACAAAUGAUCAAUUUUGCUGCAAAGGUUGAUUGACUCUCUCGCCUGUCAAUGUUGCAGGUAUAAUGUUGCAAUUAAGUGUGCAACUAUAACUCCAGAUGAAGAUCGUGUCAAAGAGUUCAACUUGAAAAAAAUGUGGAGAAGUCCUAAUGGGACAAUUCGGAACAUUCUAAAUGGUACUGUCUUCAGAGAACCAAUCAUCUGCAAGAACGUUCCUCGUCUUGUCCCAGGUUGGACCAAGCCAAUAUGCAUUGGCAGGCAUGCAUUUGGUGAUCAGUACAGAGCAACUGACUUGGUCGUGGGUGAACCUGGUAGUCUGAAGAUGGUGUUUGUUCCUGAUGGAUGCAACAAAACAACAGAACUUGAGGUUUUUAAGUUCACUGGAGCUGGAGGUGUAGCUUUGUCCAUGUAUAACACUGAUGAGUCCAUCCGUGCCUUUGCCGAGGCUUCAAUGAACACUGCAUACCAGAAAAGGUGGCCCCUUUAUCUUAGCACGAAAAAUACCAUCCUCAAAAAGUAUGAUGGAAGAUUUAAGGACAUAUUCCAGGAAGUUUAUGAAAGCCGGUGGAAAUCCAAGUUUGAGGCUGCAGGAAUAUGGUAUGAACAUCGUCUGAUUGAUGAUAUGGUUGCGUAUUCUCUGAAAAGCGAUGGAGGGUAUGUAUGGGCAUGCAAGAAUUAUGAUGGAGAUGUGCAGAGUGAUUUCUUAGCUCAAGGAUUUGGAUCUCUUGGGUUGAUGACAUCAGUAUUGGUAUGUCCAGAUGGUAAGACUAUUGAAGCUGAAGCUGCUCAUGGUACAGUUACCCGUCAUUAUCGUGUCCACCAGAAGGGAGGGGAAACUAGCACAAAUAGCAUAGCAUCCAUUUUCGCUUGGUCACGAGGUCUGGCUCACAGGGCAAAGUUGGAUGGUAAUGCUCGACUUUUAGAUUAUACCAAGAAACUGGAAGCAGCCUGUGUUGGAACUGUUGAAUCCGGGAAGAUGACCAAGGAUCUAGCACUUCUCAUUCAUGGACCUAAGGUUACUAGGGCUCAAUACCUAAACACCGAAGAGUUCAUCGAUGCAGUAGCAGCGCAGCUGAAAGCAAGACUAUUGGCCAGCUCAAAGUUAUAAGCCUCUAUGGUCUUCGGCUCCUGGUUUAAUACUGGAAGGAGGAGAAAGAAGAAAAGGGGAGGAAAUGGCUGAUUAGAGAAGAUGGUGAUGUUGAAUGCAAGGGAAGAUCAAUGCUAAUGAUUGCUUUGAGCCAAACUUCUUGGCUCUUCUCAACUAUAGACUACUUAAUGAAUAAAAUACUAAUCGACUUUGGGAGAGCUGGAAAGUGAACCUACAUUGUGUGGUUUGAUUUCAUUUUAGGCUGAUGAACAUUUGCUUAUGGGGUAAUCUUUACUUUGACGGUAAUGGUUAAUGCAAUAAUCUUUCGGUUAUUAAACUUCAAAUAGUCAGAUACUCUUAUCUCUUGAAUAAAAGUUUUCCAAUAUGGACAUA